AUGUCGUCAAUGGGAACGCCUGCGGUUGUCAUGGACAACGGUACCGGAUUGACCAAGUUGGGAUUUGCCGGAAACGACUCUCCCUCGUAUGUUUUCCCCACUGCUAUCGCGACAUCCACCGCUGCCAGUAAAGGCGCCAAAUCCUCCACUUCCGCCAACUCCUUUUUGAGCUCCAAGCGUGGCUUGGAAGACUUGGACUUUUUCAUUGGUGAUGAGGCAUUGAGCGCCGCCACAGGCCCCAACUACUCGUUGUCGUAUCCGAUUAGACAUGGUCAGAUCGAAAACUGGGACCACAUGGAGAGAUUCUGGGAGAACUCCAUCUUUAAGUACCUCAGAUGUGAGCCCGAGGAUCACUACUUCUUGUUAACCGAGCCUCCUUUGAAUCCGCCGGAAAACAGAGAAAGCACUGCCGAAAUCAUGUUUGAAACUUUCAACUGUGCUGGUUUGUACAUUGCAGUGCAGGCUGUGUUGGCAUUGGCUGCCUCGUGGACGUCGUCAAAGGUCCAGGAUAGAUCAUUGACCGGAACUGUCAUUGAUUCAGGAGACGGUGUCACCCACGUUAUUCCAGUGGCUGAGGGAUAUGUGAUUGGUGGAGCCAUUAAGAACAUUCCGUUGGCCGGAAGAGAUAUCACACUCUUCAUCCAGUCGUUAUUGCGUGACAGAGGAGAAGCUGACACGUCAUUACAGACCGCAGAGAAGAUCAAGCAGCAAUUCUGUUACGUGUGUCCAGACAUUGUUAAAGAGUUCAAGAAGUUCGACCAGUAUCCACAAGAAAAGUUUGCUCAGUACAUUGUGGAGACAGCAGCAAGAAGCAAAACGGUCGAUGUCGGAUACGAGCGGUUUUUGGCCCCGGAAAUCUUCUUCAACCCAGAAAUCUUCUCUUCAGACUACUUGACUCCAUUGCCCACAGUGGUGGACCAGGUGGUUCAGUCAUCGCCAAUUGACGUGAGAAAGAAAUUGUAUAAGAAUAUCGUGUUGUCUGGAGGUUCCACCAUGUUCAAGGACUUUGGCCGUAGAUUGCAGAGAGACAUCAAAUCGUUGGUGAACGAAAGAAUUGAGAUCAGCGAGAAGUUGAGCGGAGUCAAAAGUACCGGUGUGGAGGUCCAGGUGAUUUCCCACAAGAGACAACGGAAUGCUGUGUGGUUUGGAGGUUCGUUGUUGGCACAGACUGCUGAAUUCAAGAGUUACUGUUACACCAAGCAAGACUACGAUGAGUAUGGACCCAGCAUCGUGAGAAACUUCUCGUUGUUCUCUGUGCCAUAG